AACCUGGAAACAUGACAGAUGCUGACAAAGAGUGUCCAGUCUUUGAUCUAAUUCCUGUUGGAGCCACUGGAAUAACAUCUCCCAGUUACCCUGGCGUUUACCCUGACAUGCUGAACUGCACUUGGACAAUUUAUUCCACUUCAGGAAAUAAACUGAAGGCUGUAAUUAAAGACUUUGUAACUGAGGAUACAAGGGACUGCAUUUGGGAUUGUUUGAGUAUUUAUGAUGGACCUCAUCUCUCUUCAAGACUCCUGGCUAGCUUAUGUGGCCGGAGAAAAUCUUUUAGUGUGUUUUCUAGUAGCAGCUUCCUGACCCUUCACUUCAGAACUGAUGAAUCUGUAGGAUACAGAGGCUUCAAAAUUCUUCUUGAAGAGCUGUAUCUGCAGCCAACACAAAGCGAGCUGGAAGACGGUAGCCAAUUAGUGGAUCCAUUCCCUGUGCUGGGGCCUGCAACAAGUACAGAAGAACUGGGGGAGUCCUGUGAGAAGCCUAAGAUAUGUGAAAGCAGCGGGGCAGCCCUGCUGUCCUGGCCCUGGCUGGCCAGUCUGCAGUAUGAAGGUCGUCACUUCUGUGGAGGCAUUCUAAUUGAUGAAAAAUGGGUCCUGACAGCUGCACACUGCAACUUCAGUGCUCAGAUGGACAAAGUCCUGGGAAAAAUAUACUCAUUGCCAAAUGUGAAGGGUAACAGCCCUGUGCUUGUGAAAGCUGUGCACGCUCACUAUAACUUCAGUGGUUUUCCUUCCACAAAUGACCUGGCACUCCUGGAGCUGCAGAAACCCAUCAAGCCAGGCGAUUCUGCAGUGGUGGCUUGCUUAGCAGGCAGCGGGGAAGAAGUAAGCCCUGAUGCAAGAUGCUUAACAGCAGGAUGGGGAGAGGCAGGAGCUCAUGAGGAGGAACAGGGUUCCAGGCUGCAACAAGUGGAUGUUUCUCUCCUCUCCUAUGAGGCCUGUAUGAGCUACUGGGGACAAAAUAUUGAAAAGACCAGCAUCUGUGCAAGAUCUGCUGAGGCAGCUUUUUGCAUGAGGUGCAACUCUUCCAGUCCAGCAAACAUCAAUCAGUUUGGCACAAGUGCUUUGUGACUGUUCAAGCCAGGUAGGUGCAGACAGCAGCAAGGCCGGCCCUGAGCCUUCUCAGCUGCACAGACAUACCUUGAUCAGCUUCUCCUUGUGUGAUAGAUGCUCCAGCACCCUGACUGCCCUGGGACCCCUGCCUUGGACCUGCCCUGGUAUGUCUUUGUUUUUUUUUCUUGCAACAGAGAAACCAAAACUGGAUGCAGUACCUGCGAUGUGGUCACAUGUAUCAUAUGGAGGGAAGUGGUCUCCUCUGGGACCACUGGCAAUGCUCUUUGUAAUGCAGCCUUCUUUGCACCCUUUUGGCAUAUAUGCUGCAAGGGUGCAUUGCUGCCUCAUGGUCAGCUAGUCCACCAGAACCCCUAGGAGCCUCUACCUUUUCUACAGAGCCACUUCCCAGCCAGUUGGCCCCAGCCUGUACUGGUGCACAGGGUUGUCCCUGUCCACAUGCAGGACCUGCAUUUGCUUCUGUUCAACAACUCCAUGUGGUUCCUGCUGGCCCAUGUCUCCAGCCUGUGCAGCUCCCUCCUGCUGGGACUGUGCUGCCAGUAGUAGCACUGGCAAAGAAACAGCAUUGACCACAUGCUUCGCCCACAGAGCCAGUCACCUUAUCACUGAACAAUCACAUUGGGUAGACACGGUCAGGCUUUGGUAAGUCUGGUAGUCACCUGAAGGUAAUCACCGCAUCCUUCAAGUGCUGGGAUUUGCUUCCUAACCUUCCCAGGUUUGCUUCCUAACCUCCCUGGACUCCAAGACAUUUGGUGGUGUGUCCUCAUUGACAUUUUUGAUAGAGUGGCCUCAUAAAGGUAUUGGCCACCUCCAUCCAUGUCCUUGGAAGCUGAUCCUCCUUUACUCUUGCCUAUUUGCUGCCUCCAUUUUUAGUUGUUUUCUAUUUAAAUUACUUUUGUCUUUUUUCACAUUUUUUUUCCUCUUCCAUCUUCACAAUUUUCCUUUUUAAUUUCUGUCAUUCUCGUUCUCUCUUUUUUGUUUCUAUUUUCAUUGUCCUUCCCUGAGGUGGAAGAUGACAUCCAACCAUUCAAAAAAGAAAUUCCACAGAGAAGUCAGAUUUUAAGCUUUUGUACUUUUUCCUCACACCAGGCACUACAUUCAGAUAGUUGCUCUUAUUCUUAAACAUGAUUCCUCCUCUUCUCUGAGGAUCUAUAAGAUGAAAAGAUGCUUAAGCAAACAGGCAUCCACCUGAGUACCACUAACCUGGGCUUAUCUCUCCACAUCAUGCUUCUUUUUUAAUGGAAACCUGCUGGCUGCCCCA